AUAUAAUAAGAUAGAGCAAAGCUAGUCUUCUCCCAUAUAUAGCACCGGCCGGGCAACCAUACACAAACCGGAUGAAAAAUUAAAGGGGAUCAUUUCUGUCGGAGGAGCAGAAUAUUAAUCACACAAGAGGAGAGCGGGCUAGCUUAGCUUGAGAUAGAGAUCGAGGUCGAUCCCUCCAGAUCAGGCCUUCAAAUCAUCUACUCUUCCAUCAAUCCUCGACUGAAACCCCAAGGUGGCGCAGCGAGCAAGAAGCACUAGCUAGCCAGAAGCUAAUCAAUUGAAGGGAUCUAUCGAUCGAUCGGAAGCCGAGAAGAAGAAGAAGAAGAAGUUAAACCCUAGCCUAGCCUGGAUAUAUAGGCCGCAGGUAGAAGCUGGCGAGCCGGUGGUGGGACGAGGGGCGGCUCAGCCUGCCGGUGACAGCCGCCGACCCAUCCCUCGGCCUUGGCAACAACGACACCACCGGCGCCGGUGACGACGACAUGGCGUCCAAGGAGCCAAGCGGCGACCACGACCACGAGAUGAACGGGACCAGCGCCGGGGGCGGCGAGCCCAAGGACGGCGCGGUGGUGACCGGCCGCAACCGGCGCCCCCGCGGACGGCCGCCGGGCUCCAAGAACAAGCCCAAGCCGCCCAUCUUCGUGACGCGGGACAGCCCGAACGCGCUGCGCAGCCACGUCAUGGAGGUGGCCGGCGGCGCCGAUGUCGCCGAGUCCAUCGCGCACUUCGCGCGGCGGCGGCAGCGCGGCGUCUGCGUGCUCAGCGGGGCCGGCACCGUGACCGACGUGGCCCUGCGCCAGCCGGCCGCGCCGAGCGCCGUGGUGGCGCUCCGUGGGCGGUUCGAGAUCCUGUCCCUGACGGGGACGUUCCUGCCGGGGCCGGCGCCGCCGGGCUCCACCGGGCUGACCGUGUACCUCGCCGGCGGGCAGGGGCAGGUGGUGGGCGGCAGCGUGGUGGGGACGCUCACCGCGGCGGGGCCGGUCAUGGUGAUCGCCUCCACCUUCGCCAACGCCACCUACGAGAGGCUGCCGCUGGAUCAGGAGGAGGAGGAAGCAGCGGCAGGCGGCAUGAUGGCGCCGCCGCCACUCAUGGCCGGCGCCGCCGAUCCACUACUUUUCGGCGGGGGAAUGCACGACGCCGGGCUUGCUGCAUGGCACCAUGCCCGCCCUCCGCCGCCGCCGCCCUACUAGCUCUCUAGCUAGAUUAAUUAAUUAAGCUUCAUGAAUUAAAUCCUUGCUUAAUUAAUUGGCAUAUAUAUAUACUCACAUGAUAUAUAUGAUCAACAAGCUAUAUAUAGCUAGCCAGCUCGAGCUAAUUAAUUAACAAAAGGUGAGCCAAUAUAAUGCAAGAUCGAUCCAAGCUAUAUAAGUACGUUUAUACAGGUAAAUUUUAGUGGUUCAAGUGCCAGGGCCAUAUAUAUUUCUCUUUCUUUAGCAUUUGUGUGUAGUAUAGCAGCAAUAGCUUAAUCAAACAUCACCAAGUAAUUGCUGUGUUGUGUGUUUGGUUUACUUCACAUAUCUAUAUAUGAGUGCUAAUUAAACAGAUUAAUUCUGAAUGCCUCUCUAGUCGCAUAUGCAUGCAUAGAUCGGAUCAAUGCAGCGUUCGCGAAAAAGAUCGGAUCAAUGCAUAUCCAUCUGUUCAUUGUGUACUUUAUACUGAGUUUGUUAAUCACUUAUAUAUAAUUAUUCCAA